CUAUAUGCAUGUUGGUGUAAACUUACUCUCUAAUUAAGUUGACCUCGUCAACUAUGUCACCCUAGUUAUUCUUCAUAUCCCAGCAUCAAUCCACAAAAAUUCAAUCUACUUUGUUAUUCAAUCCACAAACCAAUCAAGCUUGAAAAAUGUCAGAUUUCAAUGUCAACAUUCAUCAACUUCGCAAUGAUUUUAGCAACACACACUCAAAUCCAUCCAUCUACAGAGUAAACGACAGCAUACGCAGCACCAACGAGAAGGCGUAUGAUCCAAUGAUCAUCUCCAUAGGGCCGUUGCACCGCGGAAAAUCCCACCUGAAAGCCAUGGAGAAGCACAAAAGAAGGUACCGCGAGCAGCUACUUGAAAACUCCGGACCCCUUGAUGUCUACAAGGACGCCAUAAGGAGCAUGGUAAAAGAAGCCAGAGAUUUCUACGCGCAAGAGAUUGCACUCGAUGAUAACGAGUUUUUGGACAUGCUGGUUCUUGAUGGCCUCUUCAUUGUUGAGUUCCUCCGCGAGUACAAACUUGUGGACGGAGGGGGAGUCAUGAGAGACAGAAAUCCCAUCUUUGAUUCCGAAUAUAUUGUGAGCCAUAUCCUUCGCGAUCUGAUGCUGUUCGAGAAUCAAAUCCCUAUGUCUGUUGUAGAAGCGCUGUUCUGUCUCUCGAAGAAGGAUGAGAAAAAAGAGUUUAAAGAUCUAAUCUGGCCCUUGUCAAGAUGCCAUGAUAUGCCACAUGCAUUAACGGCUGAUGAUGCUACUAGGCCUAAGCAUCUCCUUGGCCUAGUUCAUUCUGUCAAAUGUUUUUCCUUUGCUCAACGCCGGCAUAGUAAUCAUGUGAAACGUUGUGAGAAGGAGAACAUAAACUCUGCCAUGGAUUUAACAGAGUCCGGUAUAGUCUUCAGGAAGAAGGCCGCGGGGAAAGAUUGUAGUGAUUGGUUGGAUAUCACAUUCGAGAAGAGGACGCUUUACAUUCCCGAGUUGAGGAUUUCAGAUGAGACGGAGUCGUUGUUUAGGAACAUGAUUGCGCAUGAGUACUAUCGCUCGGGGAGUAGCCCCAGGUACGUGAGUGACUACGUGUUUUUCCUGCACUGCCUGAUGAGCAGCACCAAGGAUGUGGAGGUGCUGCGGCGGUGUGGGGUGAUCAGCAACUGGUUGGGUGGGGAUGCUAGAGUUUAUGAGGUGGUGGACAGAUUGGGGACUAAUGUGUUUAACUCGAGGGAUUUUUCGUAUGAGGAUGUUUUCAGUAGCAUAAACGAGCACUGUGGGCUGAAGUGGAACAAGUGGAUCGCGGUGUUGAGGCGCCACCACUUCAAUAAUCCAUGGACUAUGCUUUCCUUGGUUGCAGCUGUGGUUUUGCUCACGGCUACCAUAGUGCAGACCGUGUUUACUGUUCUCUCCUUUUAUAAGAAAACUUAGUUUUCAUUUCACUUCUGUAUUGAGAAUUAGUUAGUCCUUUAUUUAUAUGUGUAAUUUCUUAUAUUUGUAAAUGAUAAAUUUAACAUAUGUAAAAGUAUUUAUGAAUAAAGUCAUUACACAAGAUGAUCUCA